AUGCUCCAAUUUCUCACCUCGUCCAAACGCCGCUCCUCAACCCCAAGCACCUUCUCCUCGCCCGCGCUUCCCGAACUCAGCAUAGACGCGUCGUUGCAGCGUCUUCAUCACCAAGAGGAUAUUUCCACCUCCUCCAUUUCUUCCGUCCAUCCUUCUCGGCAUUGGCUCCGUAAGGACCAAGCCAGCUCGUCUGAAGAAGAUGCAUAUUCACCGAUCAGGUCAGAUUCCGGUAAGGGGGAAGGAGAUCGUGCGUUCAGGUUUCCUCCUCUCCUACCUUCCGAUCCUCUAGAGCCAGCUUCUGCGACUCAUGCCCUCGGUCCACUAGAGGCAUCGGCAGAUCUGCAGGAAGCCUUGCAAGCUCGACCUCGCACCAGUCGAGGCUUGUCAUACCCCAAGCCUUUCUUGUCUUCAUCGCGAACAAGCUCGAUCAAUUCUAUCGCUGAAUUUGAUCACCAGCGCACACUCCCGGAUUUCGAAACCACGCAGCGCUCUCACUCUGCUCGCCACUCUUCUCAGCCAGUAUCACGGGGCCAAGAGGCAGUAAACUUGACUGCGAACGUCGUCGCCUCUGAACACCGAAGAAAGUCCACCAAAAACUCAUUGCGCGGCGUCGCCGAUUCAUCAGCAAGAGCUAUUCACGCCCCGGUGAAGAGAGCUGCUGAAAUAGUAAGCCAGUCAAGUCAUCUUCACGCAUCGCAGGUGCCAGAAAAUUCAAGUACAUCGUCAUCAUGGACGAUGCUUUUGGCUCCAAUUCAACCUUCACCGUCACCGAGAGUAGGUGAACAGCAAAACGAUGACCACAGCACUAUCCUUCUACCUUUGAUGUCUUCCUUUGAAGAUCAAGUAGAACAUCUCAGAUCACAACUUAUUACAUGCGAGCAGAGCAUCAACCAAAAUCGCAAGAUCGACCUGUUCCUGGAUCUGAGCUCCGUCUCCACCCUUUCUUCCGUCGGUUUGGCACAUCUGACGCCUCAGAGCUGGUCGAUCAUCUUCCGUCAACAUCUUCAAAAGCAAGAAGAAAAGGAUCAGCAGCCUCUACCGUAUCUGUAUCGAGAGACUGGACUUCCGAUCGUGGCUUUGGUGCGCUACAGCCUGGCCACAACAACUUCCGAGACACACCAAGGGAUCAGUGAUGGAGAAAGCAAAGACGGGAUGCCAAGCUUGCACUCGAGUCGAAAGCAAUAUCAAUCCUCAAGGAGAUCGAGCCGAGACAGUGUCUCGUCGGACACCGCAUCACUGUCCCCUCGUUCAACAAGGCCAACCAGCUUUCACAGCAGUCACGCGCGUGAACGCUCCGACUCUCAUCGACAUACCUCGCAAGAUGAUGGGGACUCUGAUCCGGAUCUAGGUGCUAGAUUCUGGACGCAGCUUCACAGCCUUGGACGACAGGUAUCGAGCGGAGACAGUAAAUUGACGAAUACCGAUAGACGUGGUGGACCAACCGUGUCGCUGUCUUCGACGGCCUCAGAUGCUUCCGUCUUUGAUUUCAGCCCGCUUGGCAUACUUGUGCCCACAGACACAGCAGUGGCUGCAGACCCACAGAAGAGGGACAUCCUUGGCGGUGAGAACUCGUCAAUACCGGUCGCUAAGGCGCAGAUAGCCUCGACUUCAAUGACAUCCGCGUCGGGUCCCCAAAGCACGACUCCCCUCUGGAAAAGGCGAAGAGCAUACAGCUCCAUGGUGCCUCUCACUGGCUGGAGAGCCGGCGACAACGAUCUCGAUUCGUUCGAAGGUCAGACUGGGGGCUCGGUUCAGAGGUUGCCGCAAGUCUUGCUUGUUGAGCCGGGAGAAGAAGCCAACGAUGAUGGACCAGGAGGUCAGCCAAGCGACUCAAUCACUCCUACGGUAACGACUUUUCAAGGUCGAACGCGAGCUCUGUCGCAUCAACUUCCUCAAAAGAUGCGAGAGGAUCCGAAUCGGUCUCGAAUGAUCGGUUCACGCUUGAACAGGCAAGAUAUCUGGGAUGAGGCGAUGUCACAGCUGAACGAGCGGCUAGGGCAAUUCCUCGAACAGUUUAGGGUCGUACCUCGGGGAUUGGUGGGUGGUCUUCCAUCUCCCAGGGAACCACAGUCUCGGGUUAAUUCUGAUGCUACAAAUGGAAGCACGCAGCCUUCUGGUAGCUCAUCCCGGCAAUCACACGCGAUUGACAGCGCAGAUUUAGUUCAACCAGAGGCAGGGAGCCUCUCACUUCCCGGACUCUUUUACGAUCCGUGGGUCGAGCAAGUUGACGGUGCUGUCGAUGGCCAGCUUGGACGGAGACGAUCGACAGCGAGGACCCCAGGCUCGCCUCUUGCAUGUGACAUAGGCAUUCGCGAGCACGACGAUGCAGCAUCAAAGACGUCCACACCAACUUCCGAUUGCACUGCAGUAGACUCGAUCGAGAGCGAACAACCUUUGCAAAGUCCGCAAGUGCUCGAACCACCACCGCUUGGCACUCGGGACAGAGCGUUUUCUCCUGCCGACUCGCUCGCUGAUUCGCCCAUCAACUCGCACGUCACCACUCAAGGAGAAGGCCAGAGCGGGUCUAUACAAGAUGCCACCUUAUGCAGAGGCACCAGGAGAACAGCCUCAGAGGACAUAGGGUCCGCCAGACCAUCCGGUACCGCUCUGGAACCUGUGUGGCUUAUGCGGUCGCAAAGCAUCAGCGUACCAGCUUUCUCUCAACCUGCGUUCAACGACACCGUUCAACGAUCGUACUCGUCGGCAGUGGCUGGGUCAAGCGAUCCGAUGACAGGGUGGGCCAACAUGGCCCAGCGGCUCCACUCGUCUGGCUCGAUGCCACGCUCGCAAAGCGCCGGCGUACCGGCCUUCGCGCAACCUUCAUUCAACGAUAUCAUCCACCGAUCACAUGGGGCAGCAUUGCCGCUGACAAGCGAUCCGAUGGCAGACUGGACAAAUGCGGCCGAGCGUCUAGACUCGCCCGGCUCGUUGCGACUGUUGUGCCUUGCUGCCGCCAAUUGGUCUCCGAACGCGGUUGAUGGUUCUGACGCGCAGAGAGCAAGGAAUGCUCCCAGACUGACUGCGCCAAUCAGCUCUUUGACUCGCUCUCGCUUCUUGGACGCUACGCAGGAUGACUCGGAAUCGGCUCGGCAGGACACACGAGCGACUAGCGAGCGCUCGAACGCACGCACAGAAGCAAUACCGAGGAGAGCGUUGUUGCGAGAUAGAGCGGCUACGCUCGCACCGAUCCACAUAACCCCACGGAACGCAUCAGCGAAUGAAGAGGCCCCGAGAGCUGCCAACGCUGUCACAGCAAGGAUGAAACGGUCGCUUAGCAACAUCUUUGAUCUGCCGUCUCCUGUAGCACUGCCUCCACGUAGGGAAUGA